CCCAGUGAGCACUGAGAAAGCAAAGGGGGCCUCCUUUUCCCUUCCGGGACCUUGACGGUACACCCAUGUGAGGUGCUGUGAUCAGAUGACAGCUGGGCUGCCCUCAGGUGUGACCCUCCUGCCGGGCUAAGUGUGGGGCGGCAGGUGUCCGGAGGGGGGAACAGCAGCAGGGGCUGAGCGUGAAAUGCUUGUGAUUGCAGGGCCGGGUGACGUUUGAGGAGGUGGCCGUCUGGUUUUCCCGGGAGGAGUGGGAGAUGCUGGCAGACUGGCAGAAGGAGCUGUACCGGGCCGUGAUGCUGGAAAACUAUGAGAAUCUAUUUCUUCUAGGCCAUGCAGAUGCCAAACCUGAGAUCAUAACCAAACUUGAACGAGGAGAAGAGCUGUGUGUCGGGGACCAGCAGGCCCCGGAGGGGAGAGAAAUUCUUCUGAGUGCUUCCAGGGGGAAUUGGUCCAGGAAGAAAACUAAAAGGGAGUCGGACCUGCAAGAAUGUCGUGGAAACCCGGACGCUCAAGGGACCUCAUCUAAAACGUUCAAAGAGAAAGUUUUGUGCAAACAAACCAGAAGAUCCAGCAAACUCACCAGCGACCCCGAUCUCCAGAGCUGCCGCACAAAAGAGAAGCUGCUGAAAUGUACCGAGUGUGGGAAAAGCUUCACCAGGAGGCAGAAUCUGAGCACGCACAAGAGAAUCCACACUGGAGAGAGACCGUACGAGUGCAGCGAAUGUGGGAAGAGGUUCAGCCGCAUGCAGCACCUCGUGUCGCACCAGCGCAUCCACACGGGCGAGCGACCCUACCAGUGCACCGAGUGCGGGAAGCGCUUCAGCCAGAAGUCCAACCUCCUCACGCACCAGACCAUCCACACGGGGGAGAGGCCCUUUAAAUGCACAGAGUGUGGGAAAAGGUUCAGCCAGAGAGUCUACCUGACCCAGCACCAGAAAACCCACACGGGAGAGAAGCCGCAUAAAUGCCUGGAGUGCGGGAAGAGUUUCAUCCAGAAGAAGGUGCUCCUGACGCACCAGAAAAGUCAUGCCGGGGAGGGAGGGCCGUACCUAUGUGCCGACUGUGGGAAAUGCUUCACCACACGGCCAGGGCUGAGGUAUCACCAGAGAAUCCACACCGGGGAGCGGCCAUACCCCUGCACCCUGUGCGGGAAAGGUUUCGCCACCAAUUCCCGCCUGAAAUAUCAUCAGCGGAUCCAUUCGGGAGAGAGGCCUUAUCAGUGCAGCGACUGCGACAAGCGCUUCCGGCACAAGUCGGCUCUGGCCUCUCACCAGGGCAUCCACACCGGUGAGAGGCCUUACAAAUGCACCGAGUGCGGGAGCAGCUUCCGCCGCCGGAACGGGCUUGUCAAGCACCAGAGGAUCCACACGGGGGAGCGCCCCUAUCCGUGCGCAGAGUGCGGGAAGAGCUUCAGCACGAGGAGCACACUCACGGAUCACCAGAGGACCCACACCGGGGAGAGACCCUACACCUGCAGCCACUGCGGGAAAAGCUUCAACCGGGUCUCGCAGCGCCGCAAACACCAGAGAAUCCACACGAAAAAGCGACCGGAAUGUGCCGAGUGUGGGAAAAGGUUCCGGAGUGAGAAGGAGCUCGCCACGCACCAGAGGGUCCACACCGGAGAGAAGCCAUACCAGUGUCCCCAGUGCCAGAGGAGCUACCAUCGGAAGAACGAACUGGCCAAGCACCUGAAAAGCCAUGCGGGGAAGAAGCCGUAACCUCGUGCUUAUGGAAGCUGGGCGUGAACAUGUACCAGCCCUCUGGGCCCGGCACUGCCCCAUUCCAGGAGCGUCUCCAAGAGACGUAUCUGUGAGUUAGGAAUGUGGGGAGGGAGAGGGAGUGGUCUUGGGAGGGCAGGGUGUGGUCAGGGAAGUAUCUCCCGACCGCUGCCCCUGUUCAGGGCCUGAGCCGGGAAUCCAAGGUGCCAGCGGGGCUGGAACCCUCUGCUCUUAAUACUGAGGGAUCAAGGUGGUUCUGUAUGAUCCAUCUAGCCUCUCUUUCACCAGACCCACAGAGCAAGGGAGUCUGGGAAUUGUAGGCUCCAGGGAAGCCAGGACUGUAAUAGGCCCAUUGAGGAUGGGCUGUGGUAUAUAAGAAUCUACCUUCCUUCAAAUGCGAGAGAGACUCAGAGGGAGCCAGGAGGGGUCUCGGAGAAGAAGGGGCAGCUUAUCUAUUGUUUAGAUUGGUUUUGCUCAUUUUACAGAGACUGAACUUUGGAUUUAGGUGUUGUCUACACACAAGUUUGCACCAAUUUAGUUAAACUAGUACAAGCCCUGUGUGGACACUCUUACUUCAGUUUAUUUGGGCUUAGAUUAAAUCUGUUCCUGGUCAGUUUAAAAUAAAUGAAGUAAGCCUGGUUUGAAGAGAGAGAAAAGUGUUCACAUGGGUUUUUGGCUCUUUUCCUUAAAGAGGAUCAAUCUCAGACCUGUUAAACUGGUGCAACUGAGCAUGUAAACAUUUGGGAUUUGAAAUGACUGUGGGACAUCCCCGACCUCGAUGUGGGGACUGUCCGAAUUCCAGAGAGAUCGGGGAAUGAAAAGCCCUGACCUGCAGACUGGGGUAAGGGAAAAGGGUUUUGUUUUAAAGGAGGGCUCUGGCUUUAGCGGGGUGACUGGCCCUCUGUGCCUCUGCUCAAGUGAAGGUGGAGAACUCCGUUCUCUUUAAAUGCUGCCUCUUCUAAGUGCGGUCACUCGGAUUGCUUGGAAAGGUGCAUAUGGAAACAGGUGAGGAAAGUUUCUCUCCAAAGUCGAAUCUUGUGCAGCCCCUGAAAAUUCCCACGAGAAAUGGCUGCUUUGUAAUAAACAUGCUCUGGUUCAACCACAAAAUACAGGCUUGGUGCGGGGAUUGCGGGGGGGGGGGGGGGGAGAGGGGUUCUGGGUCUAGGCUGUGCAGGAGGCCAGACUAGAUGAUCACAACGGUCCUUUCUGGCCUUAAAAUCCACGGCUAGACCUUUAGCCGUGUGGUUUGUGCAGAAGGAAGAGAACCCCGAGUCACUGUCUCUAGCCACAGUGCCAGGCCUUGCAGUGGGUAGGACAGGCAGCCUCCACCUGCCAAACCUCAUACCGAAUCAAGGCCUAACACUGCGUUGGAUGCAAAGGCAGAGUGUCGGGCUAGGGAGCUCCCCAGAUUGCAGGUAGCCGCCGGGGAUGCUGAACAUCAGUAACCAAUUGUGUCAGCAGCUGGAACGGAGAAAGGGAGGAAAAAUCAAACCGCAGAGCACAACGGCGUUGGCAAUGGCAGCUGUUGAGAACCUGCUCUCGGAACACGCUGUGUGCUAAGCAGUUGCGUGGAAAACAGCCAGGUCUGUAAUAUUCAACUGGCUGGGCUCCUAGGGGUGCUCUGGACUCUGGCUGUAAAACAAAAUGUCCCAGAGCAAACGGGAGAGCUACAGAGACAAAGGGCUGCUUCCAGCAACAGCUCAGGUGAAAUGAGAGCAGACCACCGAUGUGCAUAAGAAUGGCCCUACUGGGUCAGACCAAAGGUCCAUCUAGCCCAGUAUCCUGUCUACCGACAGUGGCCAAUGCCAGGUGCCCCAGGGGGAAUGAAC